AUGUCUUUGCCAACACAGACCACAACCCCCUCUCAGUACUCAUCCUCUCCUCAACACGCCUCCCGAGGGUUCUCCGGUCCCAAAACAUUAUCAAGACCGCAGAGCUUUGAUCGGCCUCCUACCGCACAACGAAUCAGCCACUCCCCGGAACAGCAAACAACCUACGAUGUGGCUGGCGAUACCUACUCUCUACAACCCGGAGAUGAUGACCAUCAUGAAAUAAGCUCCGUGCCACACCUCUCAUUUCAGCCCUUCUUCACACUCAUAGAGGAUGCAAACACCUCCGAAUACCACCACCCAGCAGUCCACUACAUCUUCUCUGACGACGACACAGACAUCGUAACGGAAGCAGCUCUACGCGCUCUGGAAAUGGAGCCAGACAUCUCCCCCGAUCUCUCCAAGGGGAAGGCAAAGUCAGGGAACAACCAACUCCCAACGCGGCAGCCGAACGCAGCGGGAAACGGGACUGCCGGUCCGGAAGACGAUGAACCCCCCAGCCCAAAGAAGGAGCCCCUCCUGCCCCCUCCUAUCCCCGGUGUUCGCGACAACUACAUAAUCCUCGAUAUGGAGCUCGCAAAUCCUGAUGAGGCGAAACACUUCAGCUCAGGUCCGGCCCGCGCUGCCGGCACGGCCGGUAUGAGGUCCAUAUCCACCUCGCCGGCCGCUCAGGGAACUCUCCUGCACCAGCAGUCACCAUCUGGGCCACAUGGGUUCCCGCAGACCCAGCCUCAACUCAAAGUUGUAUCCGCACAUAGCCUGACACCAGCAUGGCAAGUGCUCAGCACGCAAGUUGUACCGGCACCGACAUUCGAGAAUAACCCUUCAGGCGAACAACCGUCAAUUGGUGGCUUGAUGCUCAAGAUCCGCGGUACCUCCGGUCUGCCUGUGACUAUGUUUGGAAAAGAUAGAGAUAAGGAUAGGGGAAGCCAACGGCUAGAAGAUAUGAUGGAGCAGUUUGGGAAACGCCUAGGCGAGCUCAGGCAGGUUAUUGAGGCUGGACAACAGGUUCAGCCUACCCAGGAUGCCCUGUUUGGAGGAGAAGAAGUGCUGGGGGGUGUAGAUGCCAAUGCUGUUUUGGUUCCAAGCCCUCAUGAACAAAUGGAUGGCCAUAGCAAUACCAAGGCUGAGACACACGACGACAGCAACAUCUGA